UGAUUUCUUUCAGGUCAAAACAACAGUAAUCCAGUUCAGGGUAGUUUUCCACAAAAAUUUUCCAUUCUUCGGCAUAAUAAAAAAUAUGUCUUUCACAGGUGUACUCCGUUCUGUUUGUCGAGUUGCGCCAAUAGUAUCAAGACGGAUGGUCAACCUACAAUCAUCGAGCAAAAUAUGGAAUGUCUCCUCACAAUGCAUGCGAGUUUUGUCAACACAAAUUGACCCAGCUGAUCCAAGAACAGUUCCAAAUUCUGAGUGGGAAAAACGUUUAACUCCAGAACAGUAUGCUACAACAAGGGAGAAGUUUACAGAACCACCAUUUAGUGGGAUCUAUGUAAAUAAUUACGAAGAAGGAACAUACAAUUGUUUGUGUUGUGGAACGGAAUUAUUUAGUUCGGAAACAAAAUAUGAUUCAGGAACAGGCUGGCCAUCAUUUACAGCACCAAUUGGAGGAGAAAAUAAAGAAAACACAAAUAUUCUAGAAGUUACUGACACUAGUCAUGGAAUGAUGAGAACUGAAGUCAUUUGUAAAAAAUGUGAUUCACAUUUAGGUCAUGUCUUCCCAGAUGGUCCAGAACCAACGGAACAGAGGUUUUGUAUAAACAGCAGGUCAUUGUUGUUUAAGCCAAAAAAACAAGAAAAAAAAUGAAUUAUCCAUUGAGUGAUUUUCAUAAUUGUUCAAUCAGAAUGCAUCAUUUAACAUGUAAUGAAUGGCCAAACACAAAUGCAGUGCCUAGAUACACAUACUAUGAGAAUCCUGUAAGCCAAAAUAGGAAACAUAAUGAAGUAUUUAAAUUUGUAUAAACUUUCGGCCAAAUGUGCUCAACGGAAUGUGAGUUUAUGGCAAAUGUGUUUUCUUUUCUUUUUAUUGAAUAUCAUUUUAUCAGCAUUUAAGUUUGAUAUUUUUUAUACAAAUGUAGUAUAAUACAAAGAUAUAUAAAAAAAAGGUUUAGAAGCAAAAUGUAUCAGCCAUGAAAAUGUUUGAUCAAGGAAAUUUGCCAUAAUUUUGGCAUGCGUUUAGAAGAACUUUUAAAGGUUGGAAAUAUUUGUUUGUGAUUUGAAUGUAAACCAUAUUUAUACCUGAUAAUCAAUAAUUGUGUAUUAUUUUGAAUCUGUUAAUGAGAGGUAUGUACAUGUUUACAGGAAAAUUAAAUUAGUAUUUAGAUGUUCUAUUGUCACCCUUUAAAGGUUUUGUUUACUUUUUUUAAGAUAGAUGUUUAAUUUGAGUCUACUUCUUAUAUAUGACUUGUCCUUUACAAAAAUAGCCACACAAAUAAGGAUAAAAGUUCCUUUGUAUUUUGGUAGACAGAAUGUGUAGGUUUGGAUGUUUUAAUUGAAAAACUCUCCUCCCAGUCUAAAAAUUGAAGAUUUUUGUGUGUUUCAAAAGGUAACAAAAAUACAACGAUACUAGCAAGUUUUAUCAAAGGUGUUUAUCAAAUUGUUGUUAUUACAAAGCUUAAAUUUAGGAAUUUUAAUCUAUUGGUGAAAAAAAAAUUGCCUUUUGAUAAAGUUAAUAUGCUAAAUAUGAAAAAUAAAUUUUUUUUUUAUUCUUGUACUCAGGAAUCAGUGAUUUGUCUAUCCUUAUUCCACUGAGAUAUAUUUUUUGUAUGAUUGCUUUGAUUGUGUCAUUUUAAGUGAACAUUUUUUGUGUAUUAAAUUGUUUGUUUGAUAAGUUUUCUUGUUUUGAUCACCUUGACUUAAGGGUCUUUGUAUGAACUAUUGUGAUCACUUGACACUCAUUGUCUGUCCACUGUAGUAGGCCUGACUUUGAAAUGAAAUUCUCUCAUUUGAAACCGUUGUACCAAAUAUACUUUGAAUGAGCCAAAUGACCCUACCAACCAACUAUCAUGGUGAAUGAAAUUGAUAAAUGGAACUGGAUUUAUCUUAAGAUUUUUUAUAGUAUUUAUUAGAUCAGCCGUCCCAUUUUUCACAUUUUCAGAAGAAGAAAAAAGAAUGAAUUUCCAGCUUAUUUAUUCCCGCCUUCUCUACCAAAUUUAAUUCUCAUGAAAUUUUAGUAAAAACAUCUGCAUAGUAGCAUUUACCUCAAAUUAUGUGCAUUUUUGUAUCAUAUUUAAACAGAAAUGAUAACACAUCGUCCAUUGUGUUAAAUAAAAAUCUCAAAAUAAUCAUUGGAGUUUGUUUUCUUAAAAAUACAAUUCUAAAAAAUGACAAUGAAACCGAUCUGCAAUGUUGUUUACGCACGUGAUUUUAGAGAACAAAAAUCUAUAUAAGUAGCCCUUUACAAUAAGUUUGUUUUCCUUAUUUGUCAUAAUUUUAUUUUGAACCAUUUUGGAAUAAGUUGUUUCAUCGUCAAAUACAAAAUGGACCCAAACAGGAAAGAGGUUAAAUAAAAGGUUACACAAGAUGACCACAUACAAUUUGGAAUUUUCUUGUUUCGUAGGUUGUACGAACAUUUUUAAUUCAUUUGGAUAUCAAAAGCUAUGCUAUUACUGGUACCUAGCAAAAAGGACAAAAUCAAUGACCCUGUCUUUCAAAUUGGAAGGGUCUUCUUAGUGGGUUGUAAACUGUUUUUGAGCAAGAUGUUUGCAUUUUUUUUUCACAUGCUUUCCUGCUAAAUGUUAAAAAUUUAUUAAACGAUGACAAAAAAAGAGAACACAAAAAUUGUAAUAAAUCUGAAAUACACAGUAAUUCUGAACAUAUUUAUGUACAUGUAUUUUGUAAUUUUUUUUGUCUCGUCUUGACAGAGUCAAUAAGCAAGACUUAGGUAUGCUGUUUCCGGUGUCGGCGGCGGCAGCAACAGCGGCAUCAACAAUGUAUUAGUCUGUGAUUAGGUCAGUUUUAUGGGGAACCACUAGUGUUAGGUCAAUGAUAUCUGGUAUGCAGUUGUAUAAGCAUUGGCACAUCUCAUUUCCAUGGAGAUUAUUUUGCCCUGCACCCUUAGUCAUUGUCUAUUAAUUAACUUUGAAAUUUUUGCUUGCUUUACAUGUAUUAGUUUUUGAUUAGGUCAGUUUAAAGGGAACCACUAGUGGUAGGUCAAUGAUAAUUGGUAUGUAGAUGCAUUAGUAUUGGCACAUCUCAUUUCCAUGGAGAUUGUUUGGCCCCACCCCCUCACCAUGGAUUAUUAACUGAAAUUUUUGCAAAGUUAAAAAGUUAAUAUUUGUGUUUAGGUUAAUGUAAACCACUUAUGAUAAGUUAAUGGUAUUUCGUAUACUCCGUUCUAUAAGCGUUGGCAUUUCUCAUUUCUAUGGUUAUUUGGUUCUGCACCUGAAGUCAUGGUUCAUUGACUUUGAAUUUUUUGCAUAUUUUACAUGUUUAAAUAUUACUAUUUGGAUUCAAUAUUUGCAUAACACUAUCAAAAUUACAAAAAGGUAAGACAUAUCUCUGUGUCAACAGUUUGUUAUUUUUUUUUAGAUCUUUCACUAAAAAAUCUGUAAAUUAACAAAUGAGGCUAACUUGGUUUUAUUUGGGUUUUGUAUGGCCUUUUCUGUUUAUAUAUUUGGUGUGCAAGUUUAUUAAAGUUUCAGAGGAAUUCUCUUUUGUCAUGGCUUCUUUUUUUGUUGUUGUAAUUUUUUGAUGUUUUUGAAAUAAACAACUGUUAUAUAGAAUAUUCUUGCUUUCAUAUAGCCUUUUUGUGCUGCUUGGACGUAAAACACCAGUUAUCAACCAAUAUAGAAUACCAAAAUUAUAGAAAGAUCUGAUAAACAUAGGUCUGACGUUUUGCUGAUUUUUAAGGGAAUAUUUUCAUGAUGCAAAAAUUAGCAAGUGAAUUAUCUUAAUCCUUAUGCUAAUGUUUUAAACUGUUGAUGAGAAGUUUAAUUGGUUGAAUGUUAUUGAUGAAUAAAAUUAUUUUAAUAUUAAAUAAUCAGAAUAGGGAUGUUUAUUAUUGUGAUUUUAUUUCAAAUGACAAAUUACAGAAAGAUGUAGUUAUAAAACUUAUUAAUUUUGAAUAAAAAUAAAACGAUGA